GUAAUUGGUCCUGCCACAUUUCCACAUUUAUUCUACAAUAAGCUUAAUAAACUCACUCAUUCGUUGCAGUUCGUCGAGGUCUCCAAACUAAUGGCUUUCAACUCAGCUCCGCACCGCAAAGCGAAGCCAACCCGCUUGAAGAAUCCUCUGGUGAGCACCGCGUAUCAGCAGCAGGGAAACGAUUGUGGGCUGUCCAAGGAGAAAGUUCCCAAAAUGGGUGCCAAGCGGAGCACCAGAAAUGAAGCACUAUCCAAGGCGCAGGCGGCAGAGCCAACAGCCAAGGAUACCGUGCACGAUAUGUCCAGGAUAAGCAACCACAUCGAGCUGGCCCGGGCCUCCAAAAAUCCGAUCAGAGCUGCUGGAGGAGGCAAUGCGCAAGUGGCUCCAAGGUACCAGAGUGGGGUUAGUGUGGGCAGCCAGCCAUUGAACACUGUUCGAGCGUCAGUGCCCAGAGCCAGUCAUCCAAAACUGGCUCCCAAGGAGGUGAGGGAUGGUAGGGAAGCCAAGGAACUCGUCUUCAAUGAUCCCCAUGGCAGCAAGGAGGUGGCAGGUCCCAAGGAAGCCAAGGGCUUCAGGCACUGUAGAGCGCCCACAGACCAGAAGGAACUCAAGGAACCCAAGGAGCCCAGGGAACCCAAGCAACCCAUGCCCAUGGAGUCCAAGGAUCAGAAGGCAAGGUGUGCCGACAAGUCGCCCAACAUUACCGCUCGCACUGCCCGCCACAACACCAACCGCACCAAGAACUACUUCGACAAGUAUCUGAAGUUCGCCUUCGACCUGAGCACUCCCGAGGGGAUCCAGAAACUGGAGGCCCACUUCUUUCCGGACCAGGACCCCACUGCCCCCGGCAGCUCCAACGCAAACAGGUCGUAAAGUAGAGUAAUAAGUAUCACUAUCGUGAUCUGGUGCAAUGCGAAUGAAUACGUGUCUAAAUUUGAAGUACCUUUGAGUUCAUUUGAAAUUACCGUGAUUACAAAAUGUUGCAUUAUAAAUAAAUACAUAAUUCGGUCGGUUCCUCUGAUUACUUUA